AUGCAGAGAGCUAAAGAAAAGCUUCAUGACCUGCAUGACCUGCAUGAGCUUCGCGAGAAUUUUAAGGUGAAGUCAAAGCUCUUAGGAAAAAGUACAUACGUUAUUUCUCCGGGAAUACAAGGUCUCUCACCUGGGAAAGGGAGGCACAGGCUUCAGCUACCAAAGUGUUUGCCAUCUGCGCCAGACAGUGGUUCCAGCCCCGGUUUCGGCAAAUUGUUAAUUAUAAUGGCAACACAUUGA